AUAAUCAACUUCGGUGCUUUAAAUUUAUCCAAUUAUGAUUUAAGUUUUUUUGAGUCUACACGUAGAGGAGAAAAACUUGGAAAGUUCUUCAGAGUCGAGCAAACUCAGCUAUUGCUUCAUCUUUAGUCCAUGGAAGUAAUAAUCAGCAACCCCAAUGCACCAAUGAGAAUAUACUGCAAUGGUAACUGAUCUGGAGACGUGAACUGCAUGAAUGGGAAGCAGUGGCAAGGGAACAAUUACUGCAAGGCUUGGACUCGGUCAAGUUACAGCAAGGAGCUAAAGACAGCUGGAAAAAAGAAUGCUGACAAUUGCUGGGAGGCAUUCGUGAAGCAUGCAGAUUCUCCACCAUAUCCAAGUAUGAAGAAGGGAUGUGAAGCUAUUUGGUUCUCACUGGUAUGCACAGUAUGGCUAACCAGGAAUGGAAAGCUGUUUAACAAAGAGGAGGCUGAUACUGCAAGGAUGUUUGAUUUAAUUCAAACAAGAGCCUUCCUGUGGGUAGGGAACAGAGGAAAAGGCAAGAAUUGCUUAUUUUCAGAUUGGAUUAUUAACCCCAACUUGUGCAGAUUUUAAUUUGCCUCUUUUUGUUAGUGGGGUUUGUAUUUUGUACUAAAAUGUUUUAAGGGUUUGAGUAUCCCUCAUGCUCACUACUAAUAAAAUUUUUUGCCUUUC